AUGGACGACGCCCCAGAGUUCCGUCGACCUCUCCCCGGCCCGGCCAGCCCCCCGGCGGCUCCCGACCAUAUCCGUCGCUCCUCGGCGACCACCACCACUACCACCACCAUCACCGUCACCGCCGGCGGCGGCAGCAGCCCGCGAGCCGAGUCGCGGAAACGAAGCCUCAGUUCCGUCGACCAGCACUCGCCGUUCUCGGACGAGGUCGCCGGGUCAGCCGCCAACCGCCGCAAGUCGCAAAAGGUCAGCCGCGCAUGCGACUUCUGCAAGCAGCGCAAGGCCAAGUGCAGCGGCACCAUCCCCUGCGACAAGUGCACGCGCAAAGGCCUCACUUGUGUGUAUGAUGCCAAGUAUUCCCGCGGCAGGCCCCCGACGCCGCCCCCGGCCGCUGCCGUCGCCGCCUCCGCCCGGUCAUCUUCGGGUCGGGCCAGCGCCGUUCCCGGGUCGCCCGGCGACGAGUCGUCCAUCAUGUACCAGACCACGGAAGAAGCGGUUGAGCACAACACUACUACUACUGCUGCUGCUGCUGCUGCUGCUGGUACUGCUGCUGCUGGUACCGUUACUUCUGCGGCACCCUCACGGCCACCGCUACGCGGACAGGCUGCUGGUGUUGUUCGCGAGAGCCAGGGCCCGGCAUCGCGAGCGUCGCCCGAGCUCGGCAUGACGGAGAUCCAGGGCCAAAUCUUCGACCCGACAUCCGGCGUGACGUUCCUCCACAGGGCGUGGAAGCGGCUCUCGAAGCACGACAGCAGCAUCGUGCCGGACGAGCUGACGGCGUCAACCGAGAGCCAGCCGCUGAUGCUGGCCGGCGACAAGCCGCUGCCGCCCAUCACGGACGACGACGUGGCCAACCUCUCGCUCCCGGACGCGAGGCAACUGCAGGACCUGAUCGCCUUGUACUUUGACGUGUGCAUAGCGACGUACCGCGUCCUCCACCGGCCGUCGGUCGAGUCCUGGCUGCGGAUCAUGGUCGACAACCUCGGCCGGCGCAGGCCCGUCUGGCACGACAUCGGGCGCGGCAAGGCGUCCAUCGUGCUCACGGCGCUGGCCGUGGCGACGGCGCACCAGGAGAAGUCCAACGGCUUCCACUCGCCCGAGGACGAGACGCUGUCGCUGGCGAGGAGCGACCGCCUCUUCUGCGUCGCCCUGCAGCUGACGGAGCGCGAGACCGGCCUGCCCCGGCUCGAAUCGGCGCAGUCCCGCCUGAUCCAGGUCCUGUACCUGCUCACGACGUCGCGCAUGAGCCGCGCCUGGUACACGUUCGGCAACACGCUGCAGGUCAUCUCGGCCCUCGGCCUGCACCGCCGGGCGGCCAAGAAGCGGCACCUGGCGCCGGGGAGCCCCGAUUACAUCCAGGCGCAGUGCGGGAUGCGGACGUUCUGGACGGCCUACGUGUUGGACAAGUACCUGGGCGUCAUCUUUGGGCGGCCGAGGCACUUCCACGAUGAUGAUAUCGACCAGGACUAUCCCGAUAGGAUCGACGACGAGGACAUGACGGCUCAGGGGCCCGUCGAGAGGUCAGAGGAGCAUCCGGACUGCCAUAUUGACGCUCUAAUAUUCCACGCCAAAAUCGCCCAAAUCAUUGGCAACACUUCACGAGAGGUCUACUCCAUCAAGCCCAUCUCGGAACAGGAACGCGUGGCCGCCGCCCACCGGCUGAGCGAGAAGAUCCACGAGUGGCGCGCCAGCCUGCCCCCCCAUCUGGGCUCGAUCCGGCCGUCGAUGCUGAUCCCGAGCUUCCGGCGCCAGGCGACGGUGCUGAAGCUGGCCUACUCGCACGCCAUCAUGCACGCCAACCGGCUCUUCCUGCUGGGCAGCCCGAGCGCCCGCAGCGAGACGCCGGUGCUCGAGUGCAUCGGGGCCGCGAGGACGGUGCUCGAGACGGUGGACGGCAUGGCCGUCGAGGGCCCCAUCUUCCACGCCUUCUGGUGGACGCAGUACGUCACCUUCUGCGCGCUGCUGGUGACGUACGUCUGGGACAUCCAGCUCAAGAGGCGCGGGUUGGUGCUGAGCGAGCAGGGGGAGGAGGAGAGGGCGAGGCACGCGAGGCUCAUGGACCUGGCCGAGCGGUGCCAGACGCACCUCGCCCACGCGACGGCGUCCAACUCGCCGAGCCGUCGGUACGCCAUCAUCCUCGAGGAGUUCCGGACCGAGGGUCUCGGUCAGAUGUCGCGGAAGAAGAACCAGCCGCCCUCGCAGCAGCAGUGGCAGCAGAAACAUCAACAAUCAUUGCGAGCGUCGGAAGCGCCUCGGCAGUCGAUGGAGGCCCAAGAUCAGGUGCCGCCUCCGCCGCCGCCGCCUCCGCCGCAAAUUCACGGAAACGGAAACGGAGUGGCUAUCAUGGCUGAUGGAUUCAACUUCCAUCCCGCGUACGCCGCUGGUUCCGGCGCCGUCCAUGUCAUGACCCAAGGGGGAGGGGGAGGAGGAGGAGGUGGUGCAGCAGACGCCGGGUUUUUCAGUUCUAACUUACUGGACGAAUGGCAGACGACAGACUGGCUGGAACUCGACUCGUCGGCGUUUGGACCGUACAUGGACAUGGACGCGAAUCCGCUCGCCUGGAUGCCGGAUAUAGGGGGAUGA